UCCUAAGGAUAUAUAUACACAUGUAAAUGUUCACUUCGACGGUUAACAGUUGAGCUAUCCCAUUGUUAUUCCCAUGCAACAUGAGGUUAAGAUCCGCAGAAAGGCAUCUCAUUCGACAUCCACCACUCAUUCUACUAUGCAUAUGCUUGGUCCUGCUUUCUCGUGUCAGUGGGAAAAUGAACGACACAUUGAGAAACAAAUUUCUCACCCUUCACAAUGAUGUGAGACAGACUGUUCGGAAUGGUCAACUCAAAGGACAACCGAUAGCCAUUUCUAUCAAACCAAUGAAAUACAAUUUGGAGCUGGAGAAGAAGGCACAAACAUUAUCUGAACAGUGUCGUGCUGGACACGAUAGAGCUGUGGAGCGAAAAAUUUCUCCAUUUCCAUAUGUUGGGCAAAAUUGGGCAGGUGCGAGUACAAUCGAACUGGGAUUCAAAUCAUGGUUGGAUGAACAUAAAUAUUAUGAUUACUUCAGAAGUUAUUGUGAAGAAGGUCAAUGUAAUGAAUAUACACAGAUUGUCUGGGAAGAAACUACCGAUAUUGGAUGCAGUGUAACAGAAUGCCCCAAUUCACCGUUCAGAUUGAGCAUUGUGUGCAAUUAUGGCCCUGGAGGCAAUUACGUCGCAAAAGAACCAUAUAUAACAAAAGAACAACAAAAAGAAAC